GGACGGUACGCACUGUCCGCCGGAAGCGCACCGUACGCCGCUGUUAUGAGAGGGCUUUUGUAACAUACUAUUUACACCUCUUUACACUGCGAGGUUACAUCACAUUGAGGUGACCACUGCAGACACACUAGCUACUGUAAAGGCGCGCUGGUGACCCUUCACUGGCGCACACGAAAUGCUUCCAGCGAGCAGAUAUUGCACUAAAGCCCACAGGUGUGUGCGAGCAUGGAGGUCGGUGAAGACAGACCAUGUGUGUCCUCAGUUGUACACGGCUCUGCACAGGAGAGCGUGCUCCUCUGUGGCCCCUCGCAUCACCACACACUACACUAUCCAUCCCAGAGACAAGGACCCCCGAUGGGAAGGGGUGGAGAUGGAGCGCUUCGCAGAUGAGGCAGAUGUGGUGAUUGUGGGUGGGGGUCCGGCGGGUCUGUCUGCUGCCAUCCGCUUGAAGCAACUGGCCCAAGAGCAGGAGAAGGAGCUAAGGGUGUGCCUGGUGGAAAAGGCCUCUCAGAUUGGGGCACACACACUGUCAGGGGCGUGUCUAGAACCCAGCGCCCUCACAGAACUCUUCCCCGACUGGAAAGAGAGAGGGGCUCCCCUCCAUACUCCAGUGACUGAAGACAUUUUCAGCAUUUUAACCGAAAAACACAGAAUACCUGUUCCCAUAUUGCCAGGGCUGCCCAUGAGGAACCAUGGUAACUACAUCGUGCGCUUGGGCAACCUGGUGCGCUGGCUGGGGGAGCAGGCUGAGGAGCUGGGUGUGGAGAUCUACCCUGGAUAUGCUGCUUCAGAGGUUUUGUUUCAUGAAGAUGGGAGUGUAAAAGGAAUUGCUACUAAUGAUGUGGGCAUUGCCAAGGAUGGAUCACCAAAGGAUGUUUUCGAGCGAGGGAUGGAGCUGCAUGCUAAAGUCACCAUUUUCGGAGAGGGCUGUCACGGACACUUGGCCAAACAACUGUACCAGAAGUUUAACCUGCGAGAGAACUGUGAGCCGCAGACUUACGCCAUCGGUCUGAAGGAGGUAUGGACGAUUGAUGAGAAGAAGUGGCGCCCGGGCCGAGUGGAGCAUUCUGUGGGCUGGCCCCUGAACAGACACACGUACGGGGGCUCCUUCCUCUACCACCUCAACGAAGGAGAGCCGCUGGUGGCCCUGGGCUUUGUGGUCGGUCUUGACUAUUCCAACCCGUACCUGAGCCCUUUCAGAGAGUUCCAGCGCUGGAAGCAUCACCCCUUUGUGGCUCCCACACUGGAGGGAGGCCAACGCAUCGCCUACGGAGCCCGUGCCCUCAACGAAGGAGGCUUCCAGUCCAUCCCAGAGCUGACGUUCCCCGGCGGGCUGCUGAUCGGCUGCAGUCCCGGCUUCAUGAAUGUGCCCAAGAUCAAAGGCACACACACAGCCAUGAAGUCAGGCAUGCUGGCUGCAGAGACCGUCUUCCCCAAGGUCACCGCGGAAGACCUCGACUCUGAGACCGCAGGUCUGCAUGUGCCAGAGUACAGCGAGGCGUUGAAGAAGUCGUCCAUUUGGCAGGAGCUGUACUCUGUGAGAAACAUCCGACCGUCCUUCCAUAACUACUUUGGCCUGUACGGAGGGAUGGUCUACACCGGCCUUUUCUACUGGAUCUUGAGAGGCAAGGAACCAUGGACACUGAAGCACAGUGGCCUCGACGCCCACCAGCUCAAACCAGCCAAGGAGUGCACUCCAAUCGAGUACCCGAAACCAGACGGCAAGAUCAGCUUCGACCUCCUCUCCUCCGUGGCUCUGAGCGGAACCAACCACGAGGGAGACCAGCCUGCCCACCUCACCCUGCGUGACGACUCCGUGCCGGUCAACAGGAACCUUGCUGUGUUCGACGGGCCCGAGCAGCGCUUUUGCCCCGCGGGUGUGUACGAGUACGUCCCCCUGGAUACCGGAGAUGGCAUGCGGUUACAGAUCAACGCUCAGAACUGUGUCCACUGUAAGACGUGCGAUAUCAAGGACCCCAGCCAGAACAUUAACUGGGUGGUGCCUGAAGGGGGCGGUGGACCUGCAUACAACGGGAUGUAGAUUUUUUUUUUUUUGUAUUCUGAUUGUAAAUGUGUUAGAGGAUGAAAUAUUUGCCAGUGUAUGAACUAUGUGCCUGGAUGCUCAAAUUCAAGACAAAUACUGAAAUCUUAACUUAUGGAGAUGGCUUUUCUUCCUUAUGCAGUUUUGACGUGGCUGCCUUAUUUCAUUGGAAUGCUGUGAAAAUGGAAACAUGGAGUCUGUGUUGGACAAACAUGACCAAGGAGAUGUCCAUUUCAUAUCACAUUUAUUGCAGACGUGGUUUAACAAUGUUGUCAGUGUUACUGUACAAUACAUUUUAUUUCUUAGUUUAAUUUAGUGUGUUCCCAAUAAUAUAUUUUAUGCGGUUCUACAUCUAACCAGUCUUUGAAGGAGAAACGACGCACAAUAUAGAGCAAUUUGCAUUUAGACUUACCAGCUUAGAGUAUCAGAUAAAAUGGGGUAAAGCAUUACUACGAAAAAAGAUCUAAAGUUCCAAUUCUCUCAGUAAAGAUGCACUGCAAGUCGCCCGUGUCUCUUCAUGGAGAUGUUAUUGCUCUGCUUGGAAUGUUCCACAGUAUGGCAUUAAACGUAUCCAUCUCCCUGGAGGCAUGCAAGUGGUGCCAUUAGGCCAGGUUACAGGUCAGAUCUGUGGAGAGGCAACCCUGCUCACAGUAAGAAUGUAUGUUUUUAAUCUUUUUGAGCAAUAAAAACACCUGUAAUAAUAAAAUGUUGUAUAUUCGACAGUAUGGCAUUAACAUAUCUCUAAGACUAAGCAAUAACGUCUCCAUGGAUAUGAAGCAGCGCACACUCAUCUAAGAAGUUACAGUGCAUCUUUAAACUUGAGUUUUAAGUAGUCAGAGGUCCAAAUCUUGUUUUAUCCUGGAACUACGCUAGAUUAAAUAUCUCAUUAUCAGUGAAGGAAACUGCAUUGUACGUGUGAAUGAAUGAACUGUGUAAAGACAAAUAAAAUGAUUUUUAGAGAAACUGUAUCAAAACAUGAUGACAUUUGGUGAACAGUUCUUACAGUAUACUUCAGUGCAUACAGUGACUUCUCACAGAUUCCAAACCCAUUUAAAUCACGCAAACAUUUUGGCAAACAUCUUUUUCUCUUUCUCCUUCUCCUCCUGGAUCUUGAGGUGGACUUUCUUCAUUUCGCCUAUGAUUGCUGUCAACAGAAAACGGAUUCAUUUAGUUUUACCUGUAGUGUAUCGCUUUAUUUAUUUUUUUGGUGAUUUUGCUCUUUCAAAAUAUAAGCUUUAAUGUGGAAAAAAGAUUGUCUGGUCUGCAUCGAAACAUGUUAUAUUAUUUAAUUUAAACAACUUGCAGGCAUAGAUUUAGACAGUUACCUCAAUCAGUUUUUCUCUCAUAGGGAUUAGGAUUCUGCUUUAAAUCUCCAGCAGAGGCCGAUAUUUUUGGUUGACCAGCCAGCUGCCUCCAUAUGCAUCAAGUUUUGAGCUUAAGUCCAGAGAGGGUACUGCAAAAAUGUGUUUACACCUUGUCUUGUCCAAUUUGUUGUAAAACAAGGUUAUUGAUGAGUUUGAAUUUGGCUCAAAUUAAUUAAUUUAGGUACAUUUUGGGGUAAAAUUUUGAAAACCUUUACAAUGAUCUUGAGCUGUAUCAGAACAAGUAUAACAGACUAGUAUACACCCAUGGACCACUGUGGGACAAACCUGGAUGACCGAGGGAUUACACAGAUAUAACACCACCACAUGGUGAUGAAGAAACAUUAUUUAAUGUUGAAAAUUGUUGCUUGACUUUUAUAUGAACUUUUAGGGAGUCUACUACCACCUGAAAACCAGCCUUUGGGCUAAAUCGGGUACAUUUACAUUGCUGUUUAUUAAUGUACACUGUCCCACUGAAAGAUAAAUAAAUAAAAUAAAAUCAUUCUAUUGUCUAA